CUUCGUUGAAACCAAGAAGCCGGCAACUUGGACUGUUUUGGUAUCCGUAGCGUACCGGUCAACCGCCCCCCUAGUUUUUGAUAACACAACUUCGCAGGCAGUUAGGCUUUGAAAGUCUCCCAGAGACUUGCUCAGCAGUAGGAGAGUGGAGGGUAGAGUAACCGAACAAAUUGAGGUCCCAAAGCCAUCAAGCCAUUCAUUCAAGCCUAGCCGAAACAGAAACAAGCCCGCCAUGCCAAGACAAAGAGCUUUGGUAUACAUCAAUGGAUUCAAGAGUCCAUGAAAGAACUGGCAAGAGGAUGACCCAAGUAAUCAGAAAAUUUGUUCACGUCAGGAUAAGGUGGAGUUUACUAGAUAAAGUGUCCAUUUUCCGGGAGUUCUUUAGGUUCCUUUGGGAGAGAAUUCUUGCUUGUUCUAUUGGGAAGCCUGUGAGGUACAGAAGGCUUUCUCAGAGGUCCUCUUCUCCUCCUCCUUCGUCCAUGGAAGCUUUAGAGCCUGGUGGUAACGUGUUGGGGCAGGAUCAGCCCUCGACUACUUGUAGUCUGGGCUUUGAUAAUGAUAGUGAUUCGGAUUUAGUCAGCUUGAAGAUCAGCAUUUUGGGUGAUUGUCAGAUUGGAAAAACGAGUUUUGUGGUAAAGUAUGUAGGUGAUGAACAAGAAAAGAGAGGUUUGCAGAUGAAAGGAUUAAAUUUAAUGGAUAAAAUCUUAUUUGUUCGAGGUGCAAGGAUUGCUUUUAGAAUAUGGGAUGUUGGAGGUGAUAGAAGGUCCCUUGAUCAAGUCCCAAUUGCUUGUAAAGAUGCUGUUGCAAUUUUGUUCAUGUUUGACCUCACCAGUCGUUGUACAUUAAGCAGUGUAAUUGGAUGGUAUACUGAAGCAAGAAAGUGGAAUCAGACUGCAAUUCCUAUCCUAAUUGGGGCCAAGUUUGAUGAUUUCGUUCAGCUUCCACCAGAUAUUCAAUAUACUGUCAUAACUCAGGCUAGAGCGUAUGCAAGGGCCAUGAAGGCAACCCUUUUCUUCUCAAGUGCAACCCACAACAUCAAUGUCAACAAGAUCUUCAAAUUUAUUAUGGCUAAGCUUUUUAACUUGCCAUGGACGGUGCAGAGAAACUUGACGGUUGGGGAACCUAUUAUCGACUUCUAAUAACUUGCUUUCGGCCCCCAAACACUUUGUAAAUAUAUAAUAGUUCUGUCCGGUCCUUUUUUGGGCAACCAAAACCUUCUUUUCCUUUGUUGGUGAAAAAAAGGGAUGAACGAUGAAGAUCAAUAGCUAAGAGAAUUGAGAUGUUUGUUUCACCUCAAGGAUUAGGUGUCCUUUUUUUUUUUUUCCUUGUAAUUCUUUCUCUAUUCUUCUUUUUUUUUUUGCCAAAAAUUUUUUUUUUUUCUUGCUCUUAGGGAUCUCGUCUUCUCGCCUUCUCCACUGUAUGUAGAAGACUAAAAGUCUUUAGACUUGAUGGGUUGUUUCUGUCUCCCUAAAAGAGGGCGAAAAAUAUCAUCAA